AUGCCCAUGAAUGCAAUGCUGACCUCAUUGCUGUUACAGAAACUUGGCUUAAGGAAAUUGAUGAUGCUGUAAGAGCAGAAGUUAAGUCAACUCGUUAUAACAUUGCUAAUGUUCCGCGACCUAAUCGUCGAGGCAGUGGCACUGCCCUUUUUUAUCGUGAAUCUAUUAAUGUAUCAAAACAUAAUGCUGAAGUUAAGACUUCCUUUGAGUUCUCUGAGUGGAAAGUAAUAUUACCAUCGGAUAUUAAUCUUUGUCUAAUUAUUGUAUAUCGGGCCCCAUAUUCCGAGGAUCAUAAAGUUACAUCAAGCACCUUUUUCGAAGAAUUCUCCGAUUAUCUGGAUACUAUUGUCUUGUGUAAUGAACGCUUAGUGAUCACAGGAGAUUUUAAUUUUCAUGUCGAUGUCCCUACUGAUAGAGAUGCUAUCAAAUUUCUAGACAUUUUAGAGUCGUAUUGUUUAGAGCAACACAUUGUUGGCCCUACCCAUGUCGACGGGCAUACAUUAGAUUUGAUUAUUACUCGCCAGUCUGAUCAUGUUAUCUGCAACACUCCGAGAAGUGAUUGUUAUCUUUCGGAUCAUGCAGCAAUCCUUUGCAGCCUUCGUGUGAACAAGCCAACACUAUCGGCCAAGAAUGUGAGUUAUAGGCGAGUUAAAUCUAUAGAUAUAACCUCGUGCAAUCAAGACCUUUUCGAUUCCAGACUCUGUCAAUCUCCCCCUGAUGACAUUGACGAGCUGGUAGCGUGUUAUAAUGUUACUCUAAAGUCUGUUUUAGAUAAACAUGCUCCCUUUAAGAAUAAAGGCAUCAUUGAACGUACCUGUGUACCAUGGUUUAAUGAGGAAAUUAAAGAGGUGAAGCGGAAAUGCAGGAAGGCUGAGAGAACGUGGAGAGACACAAGGUUAGCCGCUGACCUGGCUGUUUCAAGCAGAAGAGAAAUGUAGUGACUCAACUAAUGAAUAAAGCUCAUUGAGAAUUUUAUUCAGAAUUUAUUGAUGCCCAUAGCGGAAAUCAGAAAAAGCUCUUCACUGCCACUAUGAAGUUAAUAAACGAAUCGAAAACUCGUGAUUUACCACCUGUCCCAGACAAUGCUGUAUGUGCGAGCAGCAUUGCCAAGUUCUAUCGAAAGAUUGCCAAUAUUCGAGAACAGCUUGACAGUAGGAUCCUGUUACAAGUAAGACUCAAAUUAAUGCUGCAACAGUUACAAGUGGCGUGUCGCCUUUUUCUGAUUUCAAUGUUCUAACGGAACAAGAGGUUUCAGCACUGAUUAUGAGCUCAUCAUGGAAAACCAGUCCAACUGAUCCUAUGCCAUCUAAACUAGUUAGUGAAUGUAGUUGUUUCCUGCCUAUUAUUACAAAAAUGAUUAAUACCUCUCUGCAAGUGGUCAUUUUCCUGAUGACUGGAAAGAUGCUUUACUUUCUCCAUUGCUGAAAAAAGUAGGAGCUGACUUUACUUUUCAAAAUCUAAGACCAGUAAUCUACCAUUCAUCUCAAAACUCACGGAGAAGGCUGCCUCUAAUCAAACUCAUUGUCACAUGACUGUUAACAAUUUGUUUCCACCUCUGCAGUCCGCAUAUAGAAAGAAUCAUAGCAUUGAGACUGCGCUACUCAAAAUCAAUUGCUUAAUAUAAACAAGCAACAUGUAACGCUUCUGGUGGUACUGGAUCUUAGUGCCGCUUUUGAUACCGUUGAUCAGGAUAUUUUGCUUGAUCAUAUGUCAACUGAACUUGGUAUUGAAGGUGUUGUUUUGAAGUGGUUCGGUUCUUACCUCAAAGGUAGAUCACAAUGAGUUGCUGUGCAUGGAGCAGUUUCUGAGAAGUUCGAUCUAAUUUGGGGGGUUCCACAGGGCUCAUGUCUUGGACCUCUAGUUUUUACCAUCUAUGCUAGUGAACUUUUUAAUGUCAUCAAAAAUCAUCUUCCAAAUGUUCACUGUUUUGCUGAUGAUAGUGAGAUAUCUUUCCUUCAAUCCUAGUAAGGAGCAUGGAGAUAUGCAAGCUGCCAAGAGCAUGGAAUUGUGUGUGAACGAUAUUAUGAACUGGAUGUCCAAGGAUAAACGUUUAAUGAAUGAUGACAAGAUGGAGUCCUAUUAA